AUGGAUCGUUUCUAUCCCUCUCCUCCUCUCAGCUCCCACCCGAACUCACUUCCAUUCGGCCGGGCUUCUUCUCAGAUUGAGCCUGCGAGACAAACAGUGACCCCUCCCUCAUCAGUAACAGAUGGCGCUCGGUUGAUCCCUUCUCACCAUGUCUAUCCCUGCUCAGCAAUCGAGAAUUGGACGAGUUCCCAUUCCGGCAAUUCAGACACGGCGAUGUCUCACCACCACCAUCAUCAACAACAACAUCAUUAUCAUAACUCGCCUCUAUGGAAGGCUCCGCUAUACCGGCCCUCUACUUCACAAUCCGACUCUUCAUCUGAGGGCGAAGUGUCAAGUCUCUUUCCGACUCACGGCAUUGAGUCUUCCGAGUGGUCAUCGCCUUCCACCGCGCCCAGUUGCUCGGAGUCCAAACCAGUAAAGCUCGAACCAGGGCGCAGUUAUGAAAGCACCAAAAAUUUUCUGCUCUGGUCGCGGACGCCAGAGACCCAGCAACCUGGAUGCUCGCUUGAAUCCGGCACCUAUUCCGUACCUUUUCAGAUAGCUGCACCGUAUCCAACACGGCCAGAUACAUUUAAAACGGCUUGUCCUACCCCACGGUUGCCACCACCGUCACUGGCUUUUCCAAGCUCCGGUCGUCGUUCGUUCCUACCUGACAAGGUGAAGACCCAUGCAAACAGACCAGGGUUUCACCAUGAGGAGCCACGACCUAGUCCUGACGACAUCGGGGAGGAGGCAAACUCGGAGGCCCCAUAUUCCUGCCUUAUCGAGAAAGCUCUCCUCGAGGCUCCCGAUAAGAAGCUUACGCUUCAGGAUAUCUACAGCUGGUUUGAGAAGCGCACAGCAAAAGGAAAGGAUCGUUCUUCCAAAGGCUGGCAGAACAGUGUCCGCCACAACCUCUCGAUGAAUGCGGGGUUUGAAGCUGUUCGAGAGGAGCAACCCGGUAAGAAGCCCCAGAACUACUGGCGCCUAACGGAAGAAGCCAUCAAAUAUGGCGUCCAGUCCACCACGCGGUACCGAAAGCAAGCGAGUAACAAAAAGACAUCGAGCUCAGACCCACCAGCACCCCAGCGCCAGCGGUCAGGGGCGAAAGGAGGGAAAGCUACGAAGAUUAAGGCCAAGCUCCGUGGGUGCCCAUCAGGCCAAGAUGAGCUGCGAAAGGACAACUGUCGGCGUGAGAUCACACAACCACCACUAGGAAAAAUAGCCUGUAGUCAUGGUUAUCCGUCCACUACCACAAUAACACCACCCGCGACGGCGUCCGUGAUAUCAUCCUUUCAUGUGUCAGCGCCCGUGACACGGUUAUCUACCGAGUCAUUCGACCUGAGCAAUGCUGUUGGUUGUGCAGAUCACUCCUCAUUCUAUAUAAUGACAGGACAGGGAUCGGGAACGGAGUGUCUAACAAUGGAGAAUGGUUAUCCGGGAUGGGGGGUACACACUUCGUUUUUCUGCCGGGCUGAUGACCGGGCCUGGGAUUACGGCGGAUCUUCACCUAGGGCAAUAGGAGGAUGGAGUAAUUAG